AUGAGCCCCAUGAAGAAAGGCAUGAAACGAAACCACCGCACUGGUAGUACCGCUGGCAACCGCGGUAGACCCACGAUCACAACCACGACCAGUCUGUUGUUCGUACUGUUGCUUCGAUCAUCUCGACUUUUCUUCGUUCAGGCCGAUAUUUGUUUCUUACUGUAUCAGAAUGCAGACAACUUAUUAGAAACGGGAAUGCGCAAGAGUCUGAAGCAAUGGAUCAACUCGGACGCCAUUCGAGACCCGACCGUGACGACCUGGGUGUACUUUGACGCGCUCAAUAAUGUCAAGGGCGUGCGCAAGGACACGCCGGAUAUCAAAGUACCCACGACACCGCUGGAAGAUGUCUGGACUAAGGAUGGAAGUCAGCUCUUGACGGAUGAAAGCAAGGUCAAGUUUACGGGGAGUUACUACAUGUCGUUCGAUCACGAAGACCAAAAGAUGAAAGUCUACAAGGAAGUCCGCGAAGAACAAGACAGUGACGAUCCCGGAACUCUAUGGGGAUUCGUAGGAUACUCCAUGGAACGUUGCCUGGGGCGUGGAGCCAACGAAACCUUUCUGAUCUUGAAUGGAUACGGAGAAGGCAGCAACGGAUUCGGUGGCGAUGACAAUAAACAACGGCGACAAAGACAGCGAAGGCGACGGCUAGUCCCCGAAGUCACAGAACCGGAACCAGACGAAACCCAAGAUCCACCGAUAGAAACGGACCAGACAGAAGGAGGAGGAGGUGGAACGCACGACAGCCAACCGGUCCAGGUAGAAUCGCACGAAGAUGUGGUCAUGGCGCUGCGACAAGUCCUGCAUGACCUGCACGGAGGACCUGCCAAGUUCUCGGUUUUAGGAUUUGAUGCACACUUUAUGCAGACGUUUCGUUCCGUCAACGAAUACAAAUCCAUCACCAAACACAUGCUGGCCAGUCAAUCUCUCAUGCCUGAACAUGGCUUGGCAUACGAGACACUGACAGAGACAUCCACAGCCAAGGCGCUGGCACAACAGAUGGUGUCCGAGUUUGUUUCGCAGCCUCAAUCCGAUAAUGGACAUCACAGCACGCCCAAGACCCUUAGUUUGAUCGAUACAGGACUCCCCUUUACCACCUUUCUGAAUGCCACCAAUGCCUUUCUUGGAGCCAUGACCGAACUAAUCAAGAAUCCAAACACGAUGGAUGCACACUUUUUUGCUCAUUUACAUCGAGCGCGAUCCCAAGCUGUCACGUAUGCCAAGGAUUGUGCCAUUGAUCUGGGGAGCUUCUUGUACCAACUUGCCGACUUGUGCGAUCCAGAACCCGAUUCCGACCUGGCAGUCUUGGCCAACAACCUCAACGACGCGUACCGGCAUUUGUUCGUUGCUCGAGACUUUGGACCAGGCACUGUGGAAGGCACCGGUUUACUCAUUGAUUUCCCCACGGUGCAUGAGUACAAUAAGGAUCCGACCUUUUGGGAAGAUAGCUUGUUUCUCACAAACGACCAAACCGUCCGAGAGGAGAACCCCAAAUACGUGGAGUUCUUUCAAGCCUACGUGUCUGCAACACAAAGGGAUGAUCGACAAGCCAUGACCACCGAGAGUGUCUGUCGCAUCCAGGCAGCUGGAACAUUUGUCGAAACUGCUUCUAGUGGAGUGACUAUCUUUGUGCAACCCUUGUCAUCGGUGAGUGACAUGUCCAGAUCGUUUGUCGUCGGCGGUAUUGACAAGGAGGACGCCAUGAUGACCAAUCCUGGUGUCGAUGGACUCUUUGUGGACCCACAAGUGGCCAGCAAUCCCAGUACGGGCCAUGUCGAGGUCAAGACGGGAUUGCAAAUGUUAGCCACGACCGUGGAUGCAUUUUAUGGAGUCAAUGUUACCAACUUGAUGGAUGACUACAAAGGCGCGCACCAGCCGCAUGAUCAGAGAAUGUUGCGUCGAAACCUAGGCUCGGAGCACCCGGUCAAUAACGACGAGUUUAUCAUUCUUUACGGAGGCAAGGCACCCGGAGACUUUGUAUCCACUCAAAACACCAUGGAAUGGAAGGCUACAUGGGAUCGGCAAUUCUAUGUCCUCAAUGACGGCUCAGGCGAACACUUUCACAUGAUCUUUGUCAAGGAACCAGAAGAACCGGGUACGUUUGAUGCCAAACAGGUGGAGGUUGUGUACUUUCCAGACUACAACACCAAGAUACGCGAAGAAAUGUCUGUGCGCAGUGGAACUCCUGUUGCCUCAGCCGUUCCUCAUAUGGGCGGAAGCAAGGGGUAUCUUGAGAUUCGCACGGACCCCACGACAGGCAAGGAUUCGUUCACCUUGUACGAGACCUAUUGCAAGAUGGCGAUUCUUGGGCACGAGAAUUGCAAUGUUCGUCAACCGAUUGGUGGAUUUGUUGCGCCAGUGAUACCAGUCCGCGGGCGAGUUCAUGGCCACAUCCUGAGAGACAUUGUGGGUGGACCUUCUGGUAAAGUCAUCGCUUGGGACACUGUCGAUGGAUGGAGCUUGGAUGCCAUGUCCCAAACGGAGUUUCAAGAAGCCAUCAAAGCCGGAUCUGUUGUGAUGGAAUUGGAAGCAAGCUCGUCCGAUGAAGUCAAGACUGAUCUCCGUUCGUUCGACGUCACAGCCACUGAUGAUGGUCGAGUCGAGAAGAUUCUCACUGAGCAACCGACAGGAUCCCCGACGACCACGCCAGCAACACCAUCCCCUACAACUUUACGACCAACAGGAUUCCCAACAACCCUACCUCCCGAGAUUCCUCCUGCCGAGCCGGAUGUUGCCAGGUGCAAGCCCGCCAUUCAGAGCUCUACACUAGAAGGCAAUGUAGCCCGACAGGCAUUAACGGGCGACAUAAAUAUACUGUCACACACACAAUGCGAAAUGCACCCCUGGUGGAUGGUUGAUCUGUUCUCUUAUCGCCCAAUCAGCAGUGUAAUAGUUCAUAAUCGUCAGGAUUGUUGCACUGAUCGAUUGAGUGGCGUUGUGGUUGAGUUGCUGGAUGAAAACGAUAAAGGCAUAGCCUUUGUCCAGCACAACCCCGAUACGGAGGGUCCCAUCGAGUCGUCCUGGACUGCACAAUUCGAAGGACAGGAAGCAAGGAAAGUUCGAGUGUCGAUUGAGAGGUUGGACGAAUGCGAAUUUCUGAAUCUGGCGUCGGUGCAAGUGUUUAGUGACAGCUGCACUGAGAAGGAUUCCUGCAGCCACAUUGGUGGUGGUUGCGACUACGGCAACGUUGCCCUCUGCAAGCCUGCCACACAGAGCACAUCGUUUGUAGCUGAUCCCGCCAAUGACCCCACAGGGAGUGAAAACGGUGCUUGGAGAGCCACGGAUGGAACCCCCACUCUGUCCCACACCGACUGCGAAGAGGCACCAUGGUGGGAGCUCGAUUUGCUCAGCGAGCGGAUUGUGACAGAAAUCGUCAUAAAGAAUCGAGAAGAUUGCUGCUUUGAGCGGCUGAACGGACUGACAGUAGAGCUCACGAACCAAUUCAACCAGCUCACCGGGUUGUAUCAACACGACCCAGCUACAGGUGCCAUCAAGCCAAUGCUGAUUGUCCACUUUGACAGCGUAGAAACCAGGAAGGUGCGUCUUUCCUUGAAGCGAGGCCCAAACGAUUUAUGUGGAUUUUUGAACUUGGAAGAAGUACAAGUCUACAGUGAUUGCAUCCCAGGAGAUGCGUGCCAAACAGAAACAGGAUGCCCGCAAGUGGCAAUAGCAACUUAA